CGCCCCCCCGCUUCUCCCGCAACCGCAUCGGCGAUGGCAUCCGCGGCGGAGACUGGAGGCGGCGAGAAGCCCCACGUGCACCUUGCCCAUCCGCUCCUCGCGCCGCCCCAGCCCGCGCAGCAGCCCUACUACUCCUACCCCGCCACCUCCUACGCCCCGCUGCCGCCGACGCUCGUCUUCGUCCCAACACCCUGCUCCCCCGUGCUCCUCCGCCUCCGCCGCCUGCGCCCGCGCCGCGCCCCCUGUUUCCGCCGCUUCUCCACUCGGACCCUCCCGCUCCUCCUCCUCCUCGCGCUCCUCGGGAGCCUCGCCUUCCUUCUCUACCCGUCCGCCCCCGCCGCCCGCGUCGCCGACAUCCGCGUCGCACGCUUCCGCGUCAACCCGCCGCCGCUCCCCGCGCUCGACCUUGGCCUCGAGCUCCGCCUUCGCGUCCGGAACCCGGGCCUCGUCCUCCCGCUCCGCUACCGCGCGGUCUCCGCCGCCGUCUCCUACCGCGGCCACCUGCUCGGGUCCGCCAAAGCGCGCCCGGGGUCCGGGAAGCUCGCGGCCAGGGAUGUAGCGUACGCCGACGCCGAGGUGUGGGUGGACGCCGGGAGGGUGCUGGAUGACGUGGUCGAGAUGAUAGGGGACCUGGCCGCGGGGUCGGUGCCGCUGGAAAUCGUCACCGAGGUGGUCGGCAUGGUCAGGGUGUUCCGUUUCGACAUCCCUGUGAAGGGGCUCAUUUCGUGCUCGGUGAAUGUCAGCCCAUAUACUCAGAGAAUCGUAAGUCAGGAUUGCUAUUAAGUUCUCCAUGACGAUACUUUGAGGUUCUCCACUCUUGAUGGAAUAUGGUUGCACAGUUACUCCUAUAGCUAUUAUCAAGUUGCAGAGCCUACUUGAAGGAACCCGAGUAUCUUUCUGUAAAUAAUUUGAAUAUUGUAUUGUGUAGGUUGGAAUAAGAAGUAUAAGAUACCGUUGAAUCGGACGAAUAUGUUGUAUUGUAGCACAUGUCAGAAAUGCUUACGUCUGUAUUUGUAAUUAUUUAAUACCACAUUCAUGUAGAUGUACCAUAGCAUAAAAAAUGAUCAUGGUGUAUGAUUUGACCUGAACAUGUAUCUGGGGUGGUAACCUAUGAUUUGUAACAUUUGAAUUGAAGCGUGGUAACUGAAAAUUUAUCAGGAUA